CCCCCUAACUGGAUUUUAGCCCCCCUGAUAUUCCCACAGCCAUGGAAUCGACGGUCGAUGAUGACGCGAUGGCAGCGUGAAUGAGGCUUGGCGUGGGGAGAGCUGAACGAUGCCCAAAGGUGGGGGUUCUAAAACCCCCCAGCUGGACCACUUCCCACUCAGCACCGACAUGGUGGAGAAGCAGGGUGGGAAGAAGGAUAAAGAUAAAGUUUUGUCAAACAAAACUCCCAAAUUGGAGCGCGGCGAUGGGGUCAAAGAGAUGAAAGAGAAAGCCCCUAAAAGGAAGCUGCCCUUCACUGUUGGAGCCAAUGGAGACCAGAAAGAUUCGGACUCGGAGAAGCAAGGUCCGGAGAGGAAACGCAUUAAAAAGGAGCCCACCAACACCCGGAAGGCGGGCCUGCCAUUUGGGAUGGGGAUGCCAGGAAUCCGGGCCGGGUACCCCCUCUCGGAGCGGCAGCAGGUGGCCUUGCUCAUGCAAAUGACAGCUGAGGAGUCCGUCAACAGCCCAGACACAACACCAAAGCACCAGUCACAGUCCAACCAGGGUCAGAAGGGAACACCAAACUCUGCAUCUAAAACCAAAGAUAAAGUGAACAAGCGGAAUGAAAGGGGUGAGACGCGGCUGCACAGAGCAGCAAUCCGAGGAGAAGCACGCCGUAUCAAGGAGCUCAUCAGUGAAGGGGCUGAUGUGAAUGUAAAAGACUUUGCAGGCUGGACUGCAUUGCAUGAGGCGUGCAACAGAGGAUACUAUGAUGUGGCAAAGCAGCUGCUGGCAGCCGGGGCAGAGGUCAACACCAAGGGUCUUGAUGAUGACACCCCUCUACAUGAUGCAUCCAACAAUGGACAUUACAAAGUGGUGAAGUUACUUUUACGUUACGGAGGGGACCCACGUCAAAGCAACCGAAGGGGAGAAACCCCAUUAAAAGUUGCCAACUCUCCUACUAUGUUGAACUUGUUGCUGGGGAAAGGCACCUACACCUCAAGUGAAGAGAGUUCAUCAGAAUCAUCAGAGGAGGAAGACGCCCCAUCUUUUGCCCCCUCCAGUUCUAUUGAUGGCAAUAACACAGACUCAGAGUUUGAGAAGGGCCUGAAACUCAAAGGGAAAACUAUGGAACCUCCGAAAUCUGCCGUCACGCCUGUCAAGGAUGAAUACGAGUUUGAUGAGGACGAUGAGGAAGAGCGCGUCCCUCCUGUGGACGACAAACAUCUCUUGAAGAAAGACUUCCGAAAGGACCCAAUCAGUAAGGCCAACAGCUUCAUCUCCAUACCUAAGAUGGAGGUCAAAACCUAUUCCAAAAGCAACUCGCUCACACCAAAGAAAACAGUUCGGCGGAUUGUCUCUGACAGCAACAGUUCGGAUGAGGAUGAUAGGACGUUGUGUUUCACACCAACACCCACACCACGACAACAGGCUCAGCCAACUAACACCAAGGGCAGAGACUCAGCCACCCUUAGCUCUAAACAGCAGAAAGACAAAAAUAAAGUUAAGAAGAAGCGAAAGAAGGAAACUAAAAAUAAUGUCGGUAAAGAGGUUCGCUUUGGCAAAGUUAAUGACAAGUUCUGUACAUCUGACUCUGAAUGCGGCGAUUUGGAGAGUGAGGAUGACAAGGGCUCGAAUAGUAUAAAAGACUCCUCUUCUACGAGCCUAAAAGAAUCAUCCAGCUUUAACGCAUCCUCCUCCUCUCAUGGGAGUCUGAAUUCUCAGAAGCAAGCGCCAUCGUUAGCAGAACAGCACCCAAAGCAGUGGAGGACAGAUGGCUGGAAGACUGUGUCCUCUCCUGCGUGGUCAGAUGUCAGCUCACUCUCUGACUCAGUGGGAACGAGACUCUGUAGCGAGUCUGACUAUUCCUCAGCAGACUCCAGUGUGGAAUCAGUAAAACAAGUCAAGAAAAAAGCGCAGGACAACAAAAAGAAAAACAACGUACACAGCAAUGUGCUGGACAAGAAGAACUCUGAUGUCUACAAAAACUCAAAUGCAGAUAGUACAGUCUCAAAAACUGACAUAGAUGGCAAAGUGUUGAAAAAACAUAAAGUCAAGCACAAGCACAAAAACAAGGAGAAGGAAAAGACCCCGAGUCUAGUGCUUAAUCAAGACAUGAACGAGAAAUUUGUCAAAAGCUACUCUUUUGAUUUCGAUGAUUCAAGGCAAAAGUCACUAAUUGUCGAAACUGAGUCCCCGGCUGAAAGCAAGGUCAAGCUGUCCAAACAUGAAAAAGACCACUUGAAAAAGGAUGAUAGGCUUUCAAAAAGCAAGUUGGAGGACAAAGACUGGUCAUCUGGAAAGGAGUUACAGAGAGCUGUGAAGGAGGAGAAGAACAAGAAAACAAAAGACACCACAAAGGACAAGCCCAUUAAGGAGGAGAAGGAGAAGCCCAUCAAAGCUGAGAAGGACAGGAACAUCAAGGAGAAAGAGAAGCCCAAGGAGGAGAAACAAAAGGCUCACAAAGAGGACAAAAAGAAGAAGUCAAAGGAGAAAUCAUCUUCCAAGGCAGACAGAAAGAGUGAGCUGAAAGAGGAGAAACAUCAGAAGGUGGAUAAGGAGAAAAACGUCAAGGAAGAGAAGGAAAAAUCAAAAAAAGAGAAACUGCAGAAGGAAGAGACUGAGUAUGAAGGUUACGACAGCAACAACCGCUUCCUUAACCUGGAAGAUACAAAGCUAAGUACCUCAGAUGACCACCAUGACCGCUGGGGCUCAGAUCUUUCCUCUGACUCCUCGCUCUAUGGAGAUGACAGCUGGGAUGCUCCUCUCAAGGAGUAUAAAGAGUACAAAGCCAACAAUGCCAUUAAACUUAUCGUCGAGACUGUCAAAGAAGAAACCAGGAGAAAAGAAAAUCGAGUCAAAGACAAGAAAUCAGAUCACAGUGACAAAAGAACAGAGAAAGAAGCCAACUCUAAGAAGAAAGACAAAGACCCAUCGGAAAAAGCAAAUGAAAAGAAAAAGGACUGGACAGAAAAACAGAAAUUGAACUCCAGCCACAUUGAAAAGGAAAAGAAGCGGAAGGAGUCUACGGACACAGUCAAAGAAAAAAAGGAGAAAGAUUCUGUGGACAACACCCGAGACCGCAAAGACUCAUACGAGUUCACGAAAGAGAGAAAGGAUGCAAAAAUUAAACAAGAAUCUGUCAGAGAUGAUUAUAGCAGUGAUGGUUUCUUCAAAGACGUAGAGGCUGGCUGUAAGUCAUCCGACAUCCGAGAGAGAAACCACUCUGGAAAGGAAAAAGAAAAGAAGGGUGAUGGAGCAGAAAAGAGGGACAAGACAAAACCAGAGAAGCACAAGGAGAAGCCGAAGGAUCGAGCAGCAGAUCAGGAGAAGGAUAAGGGUGAGAAAAGCACCACAGAAAAAACUGUCAAGGAGAAAGAUGCAGAGCGGGCUGCCAAAGACAAGAAGGAGGGAGCCAAAGACAAACACAAGGAUUCCCACAGCAAAGAAAAAGACCGGAAGGUGUCCUCAGAGCAAACCAAGGACAAGAGAGAAAAGGCCUCUCAAGACAAGCAUGCUGAUCGGGAAAAAGAUUUCCUGGAGGUGAAGAAAGAAGAAAGAAAACCUGAGAAGAUUAGGGAGAAAACUUGGUACAAGAUUGCUGACAUUUUCACAGAUGAAAGCGAUGAUGAUGAAGAAGGUUACAAUGGGGGUGUGGCUAAGUUAAGUGAUUCACUGGGCUUCUCUGACUCCCACAGGAAAGACUCCACACCUGAUCCAGAUGAGCUUGAUCACUUCCCACCAGAAAAAUCAAGAAAAUACUCUGCAGAGGCCAAACAUACCACAGAAAAACAGAAAGAGAAAGAACACAAAGAGAAGAAGAAGGAAAAGGCCACAUUUGACAUGGGAAAAGAGAGGAAAGGUUCCCUGGAAAAACACAAUAAAGACAAGAAAGAUUCUGUUGACGCAAAGCACAAGGAGAGAAAAGACAGAAUGUCCGUGGAUUCUAACCAAGACAAGAAAAACAAACAGAAGUUGCUGGACAAGAGGGAUGCCAGUGAGGAAAAGACAAAAAGCAAAUAUAAAGACAAGCAGGACUACUCAAAGGAGAGGAAACCUUCAAAAGGCAGUGGUGAGAGUGAGAAGUCCCUCCUUGAAAAACUGGAGGAGGAAGCCAUGAACGAUUACAAAGAUGACUCCAAUGACAAGAACAGCGAAAUCUCUUCAGACAGCUUUACUGACCGGGGUCAUGAGCCGGUCCUCAGCAGUUACUAUGAUUCCUCCAUCAGCCUGCCAGAUGUCUCUGACGAGAGGAGAGACUCUAUUUCAAUAUCAACUCCCCAAGAUAAGUUCAGGGAGAAAGAGAGGCACAGACACUCUUCAUCCUCGUCCUCAAAGAAAAGUCAUGACAAGGAAAAGGAGAAGGUCAAAAAGGAGAAAGGAGAAAAACGAGACAAGACAGAGGAAAUCCGAGAAUCUUACGGUCGUAGGGAGAGCCUACCCUUUGAGAAGGAGCCCAUGCCUCUCGAGGCAGACCCUUAUACAUUCCCAUAUGGGUCUAAGGCCGAUGGAGAAGAUGACUUUGACAAGACCUUAGAGUUUGAAAAAGAAAUGUCUAAAAAGGACAAAGACAAAGUGAGCAGUGUCAUCAGCGACAAACUGAAGGACAAAAAGAAGAAAGAGAAACACAAGGAGAAAAUUAAGGAGGACAAGCACAAGCACAUUGACGGCUUUGGGUCAUUCAAGCACUCCAAGGAGGAUGUGAAAUCCGGGUCUAAAGAGAGCCCACAGGUCACCACUUUAAAAGACAGGUCAAAGGAAGAAAGUCCUAAAUUUGAAGUGAAAAAGGACAGAAAUCGGGAUGCACUAGACAAGGACAACAGGGUGGACCACAACAAGUCCAAGGUUAAGGAGGAAGGUGAAAAGCUCACCCAGGCUAAAGACACAGUGCGGAAGGACAACCGUCCACGUGAAAAGUUGCUAGUGGAUGGUGAUCUCCGGCUCACAAGCUUUGGUCAAAUGUUAAGUCUGAAGGACCAGGAGAUUGAGGAGCGCCACAAGAGACACAAAGAAAGGAUGAAGCAAAUGGAGAAGCUGAGACACAGAUCAGGGGACCCUAAACUUAAGGACAAAGCUAAGUCCACAGAAGAAGUGAGGAAAAACCGUAACGACCUAUCGUCAAAGAAAUCCAGCAGCCUCGAGAUUGCCCUCAAAGAAAAGAAGCUGAAAGAUGUCAGUCUCCCUACUCAAAUGAUGUCUCCUGACAGGAAGUCCCAGCCCAUUGAUGGUCAGAACUCCAAAGACUGGUUGGCCGGCCACCAAAUGAAAGAGAACCUUCCUGCAUCCCCCAGGCCAGAUCAAAAUAGGCCAACAGGUGUCCCCACCCCGACAUCUGUUAUCUCCUGUCCUAGCUAUGAGGAAGUGAUGCAGACCCCACGGACCCCCUCCUGUAGUGCUGAGGACUACUCAGACAUUUUAUUUGAUGGCCUAGACUGCCAGAACUCAUCAGCUAUGGCCAUGUCAAUGAAUGCCUGUUCUCCAUCCUUCUUUGAAAGCAGGUACUCAAAUUCAUCCCACAGUUUCCAGGAGGGCACAUGUCUGACCCCUGCAAAGAACCUCCAACUGCCACUAGUCAGCCGCUCUGCAUCGUCAGAGGUCCGCAGGCCGCUGGAGGAUGAGUUUAAUAAAGCGGAGGCAGACAAGUUCCUUCGACAGCAGAGUGCUCCAGGGGGCUCCGAGUUUGAGCUUUCAGCAUCCCAACCAUCAGAGGACAAACUGGUGUCUGUGGAUAGGCUCGAGUGCCUCUCACCUCCCUACUUUUCAUCCAUUGGAAUGCUCUCUCCCCGACUUGAACCGGUGCAUCCAGCUGCUGAUGAAGCAGCAUCCGCCAUCACUGGUCCAGAGAAUAGUGAGCACCACCCUGAGAGCACGUACAGCAAUUUCUUGCUCAAGCCAUCCACACCGGUCCACAGGCCCGACCCCCAGGAGCCCUGCUUAGACAUUGCUGCACCACCAACCCCAGCUCCUGCUGCUCUGCCACCACUGGACAUUGAUGAUAUCUCUGAGCAUCAUCACAGUGAGCCCAGCCUGAUUCCCUCAGACCCUGUCAGUGGCACAGACUACCUUCCCUCUGUCACUGAGGAACAGGAGGAAGAGGAAGAGGAGGAGGAGGAAGAAGAGGAAGAGGAUGAAGGUGAUCUAGAUGAGAGGACAGAAGGAGACCACAACACAGCUGAGGAGGCAGAGCAAACAAGGGAGCCAUGUCCCUUUUCUCCACGGGUUGAGGACUCUCUGAGAAAGAGCUGGACUGCAGAGUCUCCAGAACGGCAGGCUCCAGAGGUCCACCAGCUCACACCAACACAUCCUCCACCUAACGUUGGAGAGAACUCAUGUGACCCCACAAUGGCCUGGAAUUCUGAAAUGCUCCUCAAAUCUCCCCACAGGACCUACGGGGAAAUAGAGGCAGCCGUUUCCAAGAUUACCAGCCCCUUUUCUCAUUCAGAGAGCGACAUGCAGCACAUGGCUGGCCACCCUUCUGCCACCCCUCCCUAUACCUCCUAUUCUAGGUCAUAUGUGUCGGACACUGACUUUGACGAGCAGAAGGAGGCUGUUGCUGACAUCCCUUCUCCAGAGAGGCCUGACACAACCAUGGAUGGCGAGCCAAACUAUAUGAGCACCUCAUCAGCCGCCACAAGGCUGGAGUCCUUCUUCACAGACUGCAACAAGCCCAGCAUGGAGACUAGCCACCAGAUGGAAACAGAGCCACCAUGUGUGGGACCAGACAGCAGACAAACAUCCCACAGCUUCACUGCCACCACUGAGAGCCACAUGGCUGCAGCUGUGGGCCAUGAGCCUGUAGUGCCCUGGGCAGACCCCUUUGCUGCAGCUGGGGAUGAGCUUGACGAUCUAGGGCCUUUCUCCUUGCCUGAUUUGCCCCUCCCAGACAAGUCAGAGGAAGCUGAGGCUCGAGACCCAGAGUUAACAGACCACAAUAAGCCUGCACCGGCCCAUAUUCAACAUAACAUCAGUGACCGCGAGGAGCCAGAUAUAAUGGAGGUGGACCUCCCCAGCCUGGCUAAAACUCCUUGCCCCUCUGGAGGUCUAGUACUAGGAGAAGCUGCUGGGCAAGACCUGGUUGUACCCUCGCCACAUGCCAACUUCCAGCAAGAUAUGGAACCUGAGCCUCAGAGUGUGCCAGUCAACAGCUCUCUGUCUCUUAAACAGCAACAGGGCGGUGCGCUGGAGGGCAAAAGCUCUUAUGAAGGACCUGAUGAGUCAGAUGGCACCAUGUAUUCAUCUGUGGACUCAGACGCCAGCCAGCUGCAUCACAGGCAGAUUCAGUCUUUCACUGACUCUUUGCAGCUUCCCCAGGAUACAGUAUCCAAUUCUAAGCCAGAGCUGAGACAGGAGCAGAUAACUGAGCCUGUAGUGGGGCCUCCAAUCCCAGUGGCUGUCACCAUCUCCAGCACAGUGGACCUGUCAGACACUCAGGAGACCACAUCCAAAUUGACGGUAACCCUGAGCGCAAUAUCUACUGCCACCGAUGUCCCCAAGAAGGUGGAGGAGAUCCCUCUAAGGAUGACCCGCAAUCGCGCUCAGAUGCUAGCCAAUCAGAGCAAGCACAAUCUCUCUGCUGCUGCCCCCCCUGCCCCUCCCUCCAGUGUGCCUGCCGCAUCUGCCACAGCCACCCCAGUGACGACGAGUCCGGCAGUUAGUGUUACCCUGACUCCAGCCCAAACUCCUACACCCACCUCAGCCUCCUCUUGCCCGGCACCAGAGAAAGACAAGGAGCCAGUGGUGAGUCUUGCAUCAUCCACACCCAGCUCCAUCCCGGUGACACCCGUACCCACUCCGACCCCUCCCACCCCUGCUCCGGUUGUUCUCAACAAGACAACAAAAGGCCGCCCUCUACCUGUGGAGGACGAGGAGUCUCAGACGCAACACCCACGGAAAAGGAAGUUCCCUCGUUCUGCCGGCCAGCAGGUCCAAGUCCAGCUGGUGAACACGGCCAUGCAACAGACCAGGGAGAUGAUCCAGCAGACUCUGGCCGUCAUCGUCAAUGCCAUCAAGCUGGAUGACAUCGAGCCCUACCACAGUGAUCGCUCUAACCCCUACUUUGAGUAUCUGCAGAUCCGGAAAAAGAUUGAGGAGAAGAGGAAGAUCUUGUGCUACAUCACUCCUCAGGCCCCACAGUGCUAUGCCGAGUACGUCACCUACACAGGCUCCUACCUCUUGGAUGGAAAGCCACUCAGCAAACUGCACAUCCCAGUGAUUGCUCCACCUCCGUCGCUGUCGGAACCUUUGAAGGAGCUUUUCAGACAGCAGGAGGCUGUGCGGGGGAAGCUCAGGCUGCAGCAUAGCAUCGAGAGGGAAAAGCUCAUCGUGUCAUGUGAGCAGGAGGUGUUAAGGGUCCACUGCAGAGCAGCCAGGACAAUAGCCAAUCAGGCGGUGCCAUUCAGUGCCUGUACCAUGCUGCUGGAUUCUGAGGUGUACAAUAUGCCGUCGGAGAGUCAGGGGGAUGAGAACAAGUCAGUGAGAGACCGCUUCAAUGCUCGCCAGUUCAUUUCCUGGAUCCAGGAUGUGGAUGACAAGUAUGACCGCAUGAAGACAUGUCUGUUGAUGCGGCAGCAGCACGAGGCAGCGGCGCUCAACGCAGUGCAGAGGAUGGAGUGGCAGCUGAAGGUGCAGGAGCUGGACCCAGCAGGACACAAGUCCCUCUGUGUGAACGAGGUGCCCUCCUUUUAUGUGCCAAUGGUCGACGUCAACGACGACUUUGUCUUGCUGCCCGCAUGACACACCUGUAAUUGCAGAGCGAGGCCACAAAUGACUUCUUCAUCGCUUCUUCUCAAAGAGACUUCGUUGAACAAAACGAAUGGAAAGGGCUAGCGAGUUCAAAAAGAAGACUUUAAAGAGAGAAAAAGAACCUAUAUUAUAUAGAAAAAUAAAGGAAAGACAAAAAAACUUGCUUACAUUUCCCUUCCGUGAGAGAAGGAAGCAUCUUUUUACCGUUGGGGGGGGUGGGGUAAAGAAAUCACACACAACUUGCACUUUCAUCCUCGAAAGUUUUUACGCUUUUAUUUGUAUGGAGAACAAGAAGCAAAAAUCCGUGUUUUGCUUUGAAGCUCUGACAGUGGGACACAACUCCCCCAGUACUCAGUUGACAUGAGACUGGAACAGAGAUCUAUUUUCUGCAUUUGUUUUUGGUCCCCGCUUCAACAGACCCGCCUCCACCGAAGGCGGUGGACGUACCAGAGAAGAGCUCUCCCAACCGGCACGGCGCCUGUCCUGAGGGAGAACUGUGGAGACCCUCCCCCGUGUUCAUCCAGAGCUCCCGGUGGGCCUGGUGAACGAGACAGAGCCCAGCCCUGACCCAGAGUACAUUGAAGGAGCUGUGGUGCACAUGUCCCCCGUAGCAGGAGGGCUUGGAUGGAUAGACCAAGCAGCCAGACCCAGACUCUGAUGACUGCGGGGCUUUAAGACCUUAUACCUAAAGAAUGCCCCUUCGGUUGACGCUGCACCGAGCCAGGCUUAAAAGAGAGGUUCUGCAGAGCCCUCCAGUGGGUCGGAAUACAGCAGAGGGUUAGUGAUGUGUGUGUGUGUGUGUGUGUGUGUGUGUGUGUGUGUGUGUGUGCGUGUGUGCGUGAGUGAGUGUGUGCGUGAGUGAGUGUGUGCGUGUGCAUGCGCAUCAGGGCGCAGUGUCUGAGAGGAAAGAGACUGAUCCUGCAGACUCUCAGCCUGGCUAGGUAGAAGAAGAGAGGAGUGGAUCUCUGAGGGCAGACCGGAAUGUUCCUCAGCCACCCCGCGAGCUUCGACACAUGCACAUCAAACCGCCACGGACUGCAAAAAAAACACCACAGGACAACCAGAAGAAACAAAACACAACGAAUGUUGCGAUUCAAAGAGACUUCUAACAUAUUGGUGGUUUGGCAAGAGGAGAGAAGUUUUCUGCUUUUUUUUUUUUUAAUUUUAUUUUUAUUUUAUUUUUUUGUCUAUUUCUUUACUUGGGCAUUUCAUUGUUUCUGAGGAAGUGACUUGAAACACUACAGAGCCAAUAUUAGUUUAAUGGAAAAAAAAUCAAACAAAAGAAAACUGAAAAAAAGUUGUAUUCCGUAAAUUAUGUACAGUUUUUAUAUUCGUUAACCAAUGUAUACUUGCUGCCUUCUAGAUAAUUUAUUUUGCCACACAUUACUGCACAGUUGUAAAUAACUUAUGUACUGUAACAUCACUCAGUUAAGUGUAAAGAAAAAAAUAAUAAAUGGAAUAAAAAUUAUCUUUGUAUGUACAGUUCAC